AGGAAGCCAGAAUCGUUCAGUACCGGCUUCUUAAUCCGCGCUUCAUUCAGUACAGCUGUGUGUAAAAGUGUGCGACUUUGUUUAUUUAUUUAUUUCAUUUUUGUUCCCCACGUCGCAAGAGCGAAUAAUAUCAGACAUUUCUAGCACAGAACGGAUAAUAAAUCAGAUUAUAAUGGAGACAGAGAUACACGUGCCUGUGGGCUCACCGACCAUCAGGAAAUUCUCAAUACACGUCGAUGAACAUAACGUGAAAGAUGGAGCGAUGAAAUUAAUCGAAAAACUGCGGCCAACGUGGGACAUUACACGUGUCAAGACCGAGCUUUUCACAGACGGGAAGACCAACAAGUUGGUGGGCUGCUACACGGACGAGAGCCCGGAGGACAUGGUGCUGGUGAGAGUAUACGGCAACAAGACGGAGCUGAUCGUGGACCGUGACAACGAGCUGAAGAGCUUCCAGGUUCUCCAUGCCAAUGGCUGUGCUCCACACCUCUACUGCACCUUCAACAAUGGCAUCUGCUAUGAGUUUAUUCAGGGAGAAGCUCUCGGCCCGCAGGACGUCAGAGACCCCGUGCUGCUCAGACUCAUCGCUACAGAAAUGGCCCGCGUCCACGCCAUCCACGCUCACAACGGCUGCAUCCCAAAACCCAACCUGUGGAUCAAGAUGCGGAAGUACUUCUCCCUAGUAGCCACCGAGUUCACCGAUCAAGCCUCCAACGCCAGAAUCCGAGAGGAAGUUCCCAGUAAGGAAGUGCUAGAAGAGGAAAUUGCGUGGAUGAAGGAGCACCUGUCGCAGCUGAGCUCACCUGUGGUGCUGUGCCACAACGACCUUCUCUGCAAGAACAUCAUACACAACUUGAAGGAAGGUUACGUUCGCUUCAUAGACUACGAAUACUCGAGCUACAACUACCAGGCGUUUGACAUUGGGAACCAUUUCAACGAGUUUGCAGGCAUGAAUGAACUGGACUACGCUCUGUACCCGAGUCGGGAGCUGCAGCUGGAUUGGCUGUACACUUACCUUAAGGCCUACAAGAGCUUCACCAAGAAGAGUGAGGAAGUGACCCAGCAUGAGCUUGAGACCCUGUAUGUGCAGGUCAACAAGUUUUCACUGGCAUCACAUUUCUUCUGGGGCUUCUGGGCUCUGAUCCAGGCCAAGUACUCCUCCAUUGACUUCGACUUUCUCGGAUACGCCGUCCUGCGCUUCAAUCAGUACUUCAAAAUCAAGCCAGACGUCAUGGCCUUAAAGAUCCCGGAGUGAGAGACAAGACACUUGGGGCUUUGGGAGCAGAGGAACUUGGGAUAGGGAGGGUUCUGAGCUACACCAAGGGUGUGUAUGGGGCAGGUCCAGUUUCCAGGUCCCUCCACUCAAUCACAGCUCAGUCCACGUAUGUGUCUAAUAUAAAGUACAGGGCUUUAUUUUUCUUCUUCUUUUUUUGCACUUUAUUUAUUUACUUUUUCGUUUAUUAGCGCAUGCAUCAUUCACCCAAACUUCUUUUGCAGUGGGCUUAACAGUGUCUCUGCAACUAUGUAAAUUGCCUUUGCUUUAUUUGUUUUUUUUUUUCUUUUGUUUGUUUGUUUGUUUUUUAUUUGGCGAGUGAGAGAGAGAGUGAAGCUGCACACCCAUAAAAAAAAAAAAAAAACACAACCCACCAACACCCAAUGCCUUCCUCGAGAGAGAGAAAUUACCUUUCAGACCCGUAGCAGCAUACGCCGUAGUCUGGAAGUGCACGCUUGGUUAAGCAUGACUUUUUUUUUUUUUUUUUUUUUUGUAGGCCCGAGAAAUUCCUGAGAAGUUAAGGCCACCAGGUCCAUUCACCCUACACUUUCUGGGGACCAGAUUUUUCCUGCCUUUUAAGCUUUUAUGGUAACGAGUAACUCUGUUGAAUUAUCCAUUCAGCACAGGUGAUGGAAAAAUCUCAGUCCUAGCCUCCUCCUUUUCCUCCUCCUCCUCUUCCUCCUGCUGCUCCUCCUCCUCCAUUUGCCCUCACGUUACCUGCAGAGAGACGGACCGAGUAACUAGAGUCCCAGAUACUUGGCUGGAAAUUUCUUUCUAAUGACUACAAAAAUUGGUCAAUCUGUUCAACCGGAUCCUGAAAGGAAAGAGGUGCUGAAGGUUAUAUAAGCGCGUUGCAUAAUUUGAUCCAGCAGAUGUUAAGGCUUUGUGUGGCUCGAACUCCUCGAGCAUUAAAUCCAGAGGCAAUAGAAGAGGGUUUAGUCUUUCCACUAAUGAUGUGCAUGUGAUUAACGAUCACAGCAGACGGGUGACAAAUUAAAGGGAAAAUAAGGAAACGUUACAGAUUAUUCAUUUUCCUGGCAUCUUUCCACUCGGUUCCACUCGAGUCACGCGUCACUGCAGAGAGAUCGAUUGUGUCUUUAACCUACGAUGAAACGUUUCUAUCCUGAUAGAGGGGCGUGGUCUCUUGUAUUUUCCAGCUCGACUCCGCCCCCAUUCACAGGGCAGGAAAUCGCACUGAAUGGCUCAAGAGGGAUGAGAAUGAUGUGGCUUUCACAGAUAAAGUGAGACGUUAAACAGCGUAUCGCUUCAGUUCCAGAAGGGAUUGAAAUAACGAGUUAUUAAUUCAAAAAAUGAAACAUGUCGAAAUAACAGACUUAAGUUGAUAUCAAAUGUUACGUCUAACUAGUUACCGAGUUGAGUAAACAUAAAACUGUCGUUAUCUGUUGUCUAAAAUAUUUAUGUUUAAAAUUGUUCCGAGAAAUUUUUAAAACACGUAAUAACUUAUUUGUAACAUAAUACGUUAAGGUAAUGACAUUAAAACAGGACAUUAUUUGAACCGUAAACUUCAGCGCCUCUUUGCUUCAGAUUCUUUCUAUCUCGAGUCUCAUCCUAACCAAAUCCCGAUCCUGUUUUCACUUAAGUGGCAGCAAAGUACUUGCAGAUUGAUUUCAGGAUUUCGUGGCUGAGCACGAGCUCGAUCUGUCCGUGUCCGCGUGCCCUCGCGCGUCCCCGCUGCUCAGGUGCGCCAGCGCGUGUGUUAAUGGUUGAUGACGCCGGUUAAUAAUGAAACAGUCAAACCUGCGGGCAAUAACUGGAGCCAAGAGGCACUUCAACAACACCAUGAAUAAUUUUGUAGCCACCGAGUCACUAAUGAUCCUGAACGAUCUCCCGCCUUUGACUGAUUUUCUCUUUUCUAUAUUAUUUAUUCUACAGUUUGUAAGCAUGAUAGUAUUUUUUUGAGGGGUUAGGGUCAGUUCCUGAGACAGGGCCAUGAAUGUUGCUGCCACACUCAGAAAUAAAAGCACCAAACUGUCUGUUAUGGUAAAGUAUUUACAUUUAGUGUGUUUUACACAAGGAAACGUACAACGUUACCGAGCAGCACUGGGCCUAAAACUACGAUUUUAUAAAUUCCGAUACUACAAGAUACAAAAUGUACAGUUAAUGGUACAGAGUCAAAAUACCUUUUGGUGCCUUUUUAUUUCUGACCGUGUGUUUGUGUGUUUAAGUUUAAAUGCACCAGUAAAAUUGUUCCAGAAAGGAAAUAUCACUACCACCAAUGAAUAAAUAAGAAAUGACCCGAUGCUAACAGUCUAGAAGAACGGUAUCAAGCUACUUGACUUUGUACCAUCAGGAUCUUUUGUCCCUUUAGUGUAUAUUUUUGUGCCCUGUUAUAGUAUGUAACUGGACCUUAAUGAGCACUUGCGUGCAUUUUGAUGCUUUAAAAGGCACACACACACACACACACACCUGUGUAACUAGGGAGAAGGAGAAGUGUGGCUUGGUCCUGAGAUUUCUGACAGCGAUGAAGGAAAACCAGCGCUUCAUAUCGGUGAUGCAGCUUUUGUGACAUUUUUAUAACAUUCUUGCGGUAACAAACCAAAAAUGUACAAAUUAACUUUAAAAGUGAAGGCCCAUGUUUUUAAACUAUUCACGUGAAGUAGUUCUCAUUGCGUCCAUUUUAAAGCGACCUCCUAGACCUUUCUGUCUUAUUUCUGUGAUGUAUGAAUGGAGAAUCUGCUGGGUUUUUUUUGUUUGUUUGUUUGUUUGUUUGUUUUCUCCAGCUUGCAGUUAUUUUGCUAUUCUGUUUUUCUUUUUGUUGUUGUUGUUGUUGUUCUGUGAAUGUAUUGGACUGACUUGAAGCAGUGUACAGAUAACAGUGUGUUUCUCUUAACCUUGACAUUUCCAGUUUGUACUUGGAGUUGGACUGAACUAGUUCCUGAUGUUUCUCUCUGACACGGUCACCAUUAAACAGUGUGUGCGUUGUGUAGACGCAUCGCCACCACCAGAGAGCGCUGUAGGCUCGAGGUGAAAAGCACGUGUGACGUGGAAGGAGAUGUAAAUACUGUGAAAUAUUGUGAAAAGACAAUACUGUACUGUAAAAUGACCUUUUCGACUUGAAAAGUAAUGUAACAUUUGUUCUGAUAGAUUUCCAUUAAAAAAUAUUUGCUGUCCUGAA